AUCCUCUCUCCAUCAGACCACCCUAUCCUCAUAUUUCAUUUCAUAUAAACAAAUCCAACUCUAACCCAUAACUCCCUUACUCUCUAGUCCUCUCUCCUUUCCCUCUCCCAAUUCUCAACUUGUUUGAUAUAUAUAUAUAUAUAAUAAUAUAUAUAUAUACUAUAAUAUAUAUAUAUAUAACCAAUCAUAUAUAUAUAUAAGAUUUAGAGAGAGAAGAUGAAAGGGGAAUAUGUAGAAGAAAAGGAUCACAAUAACAACAUGUUUGCGAAGCUCCACCCGAUCCAGAAGUUCCAACAGCAGCAGCAGCAGCAACAACAACCACCACCUCUGCACCCUACCCAUCACUUCCAAGUCGGCCGUGAAUGUCAGACCUCCGAGGAAGCCGACAGCGGCGGUGCCACCCCGUCCUCCGCCAACAAAAAACAGGCGAACAGCGGCGACGGCGCCUCCAUCGAAGUCUCGCGCCGCCCCCGAGGCCGACCACCCGGAUCCAAGAACAAACCCAAACCGCCCGUCAUCAUAACCCGCGAUACCGAGCCGUCGAUGAGCCCCUACAUUCUCGAGCUCGCCGGCGGGGUCGACAUCGUCGACUGUAUGUAUCGAUUCUGCCGGAAACGCAACAUGGGUCUCUGUGUUCUCACCGGGUCGGGCUCCGUAGCGAAUGUCACUCUCCGACAACCCUCCACGACUCCUGGAGCAACGGUCACAUUUCACGGCCGGUUCGAUAUUCUCUCCCUCUCCGCCACGAUUCUGCCGGCUACGACGACGUCUGCGGUGGUUCCAAGCGGGUUCGUGAUAUCGCUGGCUGGUCCGCAGGGCCAGAUCGUCGGCGGGUCGGUGGUGGGGUCGCUUAUGGCGGCCGGAACAGUCUAUGUGGUGGCUGCGUCGUUCAAUAGCCCGUCGUAUCACCGGUUGCCGUCGGAUGACGGAGUGGGUACUUCGGGCUCUGGAGGGAAUGAGAGAGGGCAGUCGCCGUCAGCGGUUUCCGGAGGUGGAGACGGUGGUGGUGGUGGGCAUCCGCCGCAGACGGCGGAGUCGUGUGGGAUGUCGCUUUAUAGUUGUCACUUGCCUUCGAAUGUGAUAUGGGCACCCACGGCUUCACAGCCACCAUACUGAUGAUAUAUGGGUUGUUGACUUGUUAGUUUCCUCUCUAUAUGCUUGUUUUUGUACUGUGAACAUUUUUGAAUUUUCAUUUUGUUAAUUAUUUGCUCUUUUGAAUCUUGUUUAAUUGUUGUUGGCAUAGUUUUUAGUAUUUCAUGUAGUUUGGAACAUAAAAGGAGAACAGUGUAGUAUUUACUUAUGGCACACUUCAAUCUCUGUGUGUUAAAACUUUCAUGUUUGUUUCACUUGUUGGUGGGUGUCUAACAUCAAAUGUAAUAAGUAUACAUAUAUACAUAUAUAUAUAUAUAUAUAUAAUAUAUUGUACAUGCAUGGUUGUUCUAAAUGGUAUACUUUUGUAUA